AUGGAAUGUCAUAAUCUAGAAGAGUAUCGGUCAUGUCGAAAGUUAGACUUUGAAAGUACAAAAAAUAUUGAAGCUAAGGAAAGAAUAGAGAUAAUUCAUUCUAAAAUUUUAGAUGAAGAAAUACCAAAAAUUGAUAUGGAAUUUGGAAGUGAAGAAGAAGCAUAUAAUUUUUACAAUUCCUAUGCUUUUAAGGUUGGAUUUAGUAUUCGUAGAAGUAAAGGACAAAAAGAUCAAGAUGGUAGAAUGAUAGAUAGAAUGUUUUGUUGUUCUUGUGAAGGAUACCGCAGAAGAGAUAGACGAGAUAUGAAUGUAAAGUAUCAUAGAGCUGAGACAAGAUUUGGGUGUUUAGCGAGAAUGAAAGUUACUUCUCGUCAAACUGAUAAUUAUCGUGUAAUUGAGUUUGUUGCAGAACAUACUCAUGUAACAUCGAGUCCUAAUAAGAGUCAUUUGCAUAGAUCACAUAGAAGAGUGACUGCUGCUCAGGCAGCUGAAAUCGAUAUGGCUGACCGUUCGGGGAUCGCUCCAAAAGAAAGUUGUGAAUUAAUGGCAAGGAGAGCCGGUGGACGAGAAAAUCUUGGUAUGAUUCCACUUGAUUAUAAGAAUUAUUUACGGACUAAACGGAUGAUCCAAAUGAGACUAGGAGAAACAGGUGGUGUUUUAGAAUAUCUUCAGCGCAUGCAAUCAAAGGAUCCAAACUUUUUUUAUGCUAUACAAGUUGAUGUAGAUGAUUUAAUAACCAAUAUUUUUUGGGCGGAUGCUGCUAUGAUAACAUCAUACUUUCAUUUUGGUGAUGUUAUUAGUUUUGAUACUACAUAUCGGAAAAACCAAGAAGGAAGACCUUUUGCUAUGUUUCUUGGAGUAAAUAAUCACAAACAAACAACUGUUUUUGGGACUGCACUCUUAUAUGAUGAAACUGCUGAAACAUUUAUGUGGUUAUUUGAUACUGUUGACGCGCCCGUGGGAAAGCCAGGGCGUACAGAUACUUUUGCCACUGCAAUGUCUGGGAAGAAGCCAGAGACAAUUCUUACUGAUCAAGAUGCCGCUAUGGCUAAAGCAUUAUCUUCACAAUGGCCAGAAACAUAUCAUCGCUUGUGUAUUUGGCACAUAUAUCAAAAUGCGGCAAAACAUCUUAACAAUGUGUUUGCGAAGUUUAGAGAAUUUUCAAAAGAAUUCAGUAACUGCAUAUAUGAUUAUGAUGAAGAAAGCGAAUUUGUCGAAGCAUGGAAUAAUAUGCUUAUCAAAUAUGAUCUUGAGGGAAAUGAUUGGUUGAAACAGAUGUAUGACUUACGAGAGAAAUGGGCUUUGGUUUAUGGUAGAGAGACAUUUUGUGCUGAUAUGACGACUACCCAAAGAAGUGAGAGUAUGAACAAUGCAAUAAAAGGUUUUGUCAGUUAUAAACAGAAUCUUUUACGCUUUUUUGAAAAUUUUGAAAGAUUGCUUGAUUAUCGUCGCUAUGAGGAGUUACAAGCUGAUUUCAAAGCGACCCAAAGAAAAGUAAAAUUGUUAUUUGAGGUUGAAAUUUUGAAGCAUGCAUCAAGAUUUUAUACACCAGCAGUGUUAAACAUGUUUCAAACUCAGGUUUGUGAGAGUUAUGAUUGUGUUAUUACUUUAUUCGAUGAGAAUGAGACAUUGUUUAAGUACAAAAUUUUCCCUAAGAAAAGACAUCUUCAUCAUAUUGUUGAAUACGAUUCAGCUGAUGACACAGUGACAUGCUCUUGCAAGAAAUUUCAAUUCACAGGUAUUUUGUGCUCGCAUGCUCUUAAAGUUCUUUCUGAAAAAAAGAUAUUGAAAAUUCCUUCUCGAUAUAUUUUGAAAAGAUGGACAAUUAAGGCAAAGGUGAGAGAUGAAUUGGAUAAUUGUGCAGCAAUUGACCAUAGUGAAGAUCCUAAAAUUGCUAUGGUGAAUCGUUAUCAAGAGUUGUGUAGAUUAUUUCAAACUUGUGUUGUAACAAAGGCAUCAAAGAGUGAGAAAGCAUACAAUUAUGCUAAGAGUGGUCUAAGAAAGAUUGUGGAAGAAAUUGACGAUCCAUCAGAUGAGCAAAUUAUACAUAGCUAUGACGAGAAUCAAUAUUCCAGCAGAGAGAUGAAUAAUAUUAAAGGAAUCAAGACAAAAGGAAAGGUUCGUGGUAAAUCUAGCAGGCCAAAAGGAGCUCUUGAAAAAGCUAGAAAGAAGAAAAAAUUUGAGCGCAAUAAGAACGAAGGAUCAAGUGGAAGUGGAAAGAAAUUUAAUCAAAAUAGCUUUGAUGGUCCAUAUCAACAUGAUCCAUUCAUUUUUGGUGCAUCACAAGCUUCAUCUCUUUUUGGUAGAGAUAGACAACUUCAUUUUGAAGUCCCUCUUGCUCAACAACCAUUGCAAAAUUCAGAGUUAUGUAUAUCUCCACUUAAUCUUAACCAACAUGAAAGUCAAAAUGCUUACACUAAUCUAAAUAACAAUAUGAGUAUGAUGGAAUUGCUACAACAGACUCAUUCAUUUCAUACAAGCUUUGAACUUCCUCAAAAUCCAUCAAACUCUUGA